CAAACUCUGUAAAAUUUAUUCCAAUUGGGAACUCUCGGAAAGCAUCUUUAGUGUUCUACACUUGUUGAACUAUUCUUUCCUUUGUCAGUUGUCCCUUCACAAUCAAACCUGCAAAUUCUGAUUCUCUUUCUGUUUUCCUCUUGAUUUUGAUAAUGGAGAUUGCAAGAAGAGCUUCUCAUGCUGGUUCAUGGUAUACCAGCAACCCUAGCAAGUUAGCUGAAGAACUUGAAGGGUGGUUGAAAGAAGCUGGUCUAAGCAAAUCUUCAGAUGUACGAGGUGUUAUUGCUCCGCACGCAGGAUAUUCAUAUUCAGGCCGAGCUGCAGCGUACGCAUUUGGCAAUAUAGACCCAACAAAUAUCUCACGAGUGUUUCUGUUGGGUCCAUCACACCACUACUACACUUCACAAUGCGCUCUUUCGAGUACCACCGUUUACGAGACUCCUAUAGGAGAUCUGCCUAUCGAUUUAGAAGUCAUCGAGGAGCUAAAGGCAACUGGUAAAUUUGAAAUGAUGAGUCUUCGGGUUGACGAGGCUGAACAUAGCAUGGAGAUGCACCUGCCUUAUCUUGCUAAAGUAUUUGAAGGACAUCCUGUAAAAGUCGUUCCGAUAUUAGUGGGCGCUGUUAGCGCUGAAAGUGAAGCCAUGUAUGGCCGAUUGUUGGCUAAAUAUGUAGAUGAUCCCAGCAAUUUCUUCUCAGUAUCCUCGGAUUUUUGUCACUGGGGGACCCGCUUCAACUACACGUACUACGACAAGAAACACGGAGCCAUCCACAAGUCAAUUGAAGCAUUGGAUCGUAUGGGAAUGGAUAUAAUCGAAACAGGAGAUCCUGAUGCUUUCAAGAAUUAUUUGUUGAAAUUCGACAAUACCAUUUGUGGCCGUCAUCCCAUUAGUGUCUUCCUUCAUAUGUUGAAAAACAUCUCAACCAAGAUAAAGAUUAAAUUUCUCCGGUAUGAACAGUCAAGCGAAUGCAAGAGCAUGCGAGAUAGUAGUGUAAGCUAUGCAUCAGCGGCAGCAAAGGUAGACAAAUGAAACUUCAAGUGCUCGUUAUCUCCUAUGCGUUUUAGUCAUAUCGGAGAGUUCAUAUUUAAUUCUAAUUUCCCGCUUUUGAAACUUGAACGCAGUUUCAAGUUUUAUUGCAGUAAAAAGUCUGAUCAAUAAUGAAACUUUCCGAAAAUUGUGCUGGUCUUGGAGACGUUUCUUUUAGAUGAAUUCAUAUUCAUAUAUUAUAUCCCGUUAUUGUUAUA